AUGACUUCCACAUCGAAAGCGUGGGACCACUCGGUCGACGAACGAAUCGGACACAUUGCCAAAGGCCUCCUCGAAUCUCCUGAUUUCAGCAAUAAGGAAGUCCCUGGUCUUAAGGACCUUCUCGACGACUACAUCAACGAUGAUGUAGACGUCGACUAUGUCCAGUUCCUCCGAAGACUCCUCAAGGUCUUCAAAGACUCGGAAACCGAUAGAGCGUACUCUCACAUUCUGCUCAAGCACACUGACGAUGGCAAAAGAGGAUCAAGAGAUUCCUCGCGGGCGAUGAUCCCAAACUGCGUCAUCCAGGUUGGUGCGCAGGGCAUCAAGAAGCUCAAAGAACCCAUCCAUGCGCUUGCCGCCAAGGAGAGGGCUCUUCUCCAUAAUACGUUGGCCAAGAUGGAGGACUUCGUCGAGGGUAAUAAGGAUGAGCUCCGGGGAGCUGGUAUCGUGGUAUACUACAAAACUGAGUUCCAGAAUUGGGGUCUUACGGUGAAGAACAUUCCGGCGCUCACCUGUGUGCCAAAGACAUCCCAGGAAGUUCAGGUCAUUGUCAAAUACGCAAAGACACACAACAUGGGCGUACGAUGCUCAGGUUUUCGCCAUUCCUGGUCUCCAGUAUUUGCUGAGAACGGCUACGUUCUUAUUUCACUGCUCGGGCUUCAUGAGGUCACCAAGCUGCCCAACAUCACGGCCCUCCCAUUCCCAGAGUCCGCCGCCAACGACCUCCAAACGAUCAACAUGGUCUCCGAGAAACCCAACGAGAACGGAAACUACUUAGUCAGAGUUGGUACCGCUUGUACAAACGAAAGACUCCGUCGCUGGUGCAUCGAAAACAAGACCGUCACCUUGCCCAUGAACGUCAUCAUGGUGGAGAUCACGCUGGGUGGCUCGAAUGCCCCAAUCUGCCACGGUGCCGGUCGCCGCCACCAGACCCUCAGUGACCUCGUCCGUCGCAUCGAGUACGUCGACUGCAACGGAGAGCCGCAGGAAGUCACCAAGCCCGAGCACCUCCGGGCCGCGAGCGGGUGCUUUGGACUGAUGGGCGUCGUCACGCACAUCACUCUUGAGAUGUCCCCAAUGACCUACGCACGCCUGAAUCCCGAAAAGGUCUCCGUCGCUCUGGCUGUCCCUCCGCCUGCGGACCUGGACCUCUCUAAAGUCCCUGCCACACUUGCCGACCCAUGGCGCAAGCUCACCGAGGGGGAGAAACGGGGAUAUCAGGAGAUAUUUGAGGACCGGGCCACCAACGACUUCUACUCUGAAUGGUUCUGGUUUCCGUACUCUGACAAAGUCUGGGUCAACUGCUGGAACAAUACGACCGAUAGCGCUGGUGUCGUGAACUUCCCCGACGAUUUCCAUAUUUUUCUUUCCUUCCUGCAGACGUUCACCAUGAAUGUGCUCCAAAACACCACACUCCUCAACAAGCUUGUAGACCACUGCUUCACCGAGGCGGCCGUCACACUCAUCUCUCGCUUUGCCAUGUGGGCUCUCCCCGAGAAAGAGGUCACCACCUACCUCCCCGACGCGCUCCACUUCCAGCGCGCCAUCCAGAAUGUCCGCGUUCGCGACAUGGAGGUCGAGAUCCCGCUUGUGGCCAAGGAUGGAAAGAAGUUCAAGCCUGGCGAGCCCGUAAAGAUCGACUACGCUCCUAUUCAGCGGGCCUGGUGGGAUGCAAUACUCACUGCGUACACGGAAGAGAACCGGGCAAAAUGCCCCAUGCGCAUGCCUCUGGAGAUGCGAAUUAUGGGGGGCAGCAACGUUGUCAUGGCGCCCCAGAGAGGCAACGAACUGGGGACCUGCUCGAUCGAGGUUCUCACCCUUCAAGCGGCCUCGGAUAUCUGGGUGCCGUUCGCUCAGCAAGUUCUCGACAAGUGGAUGGCGCUCAAGGACCCCAACACCCAGCAGCUGCUGAAGACGAGGCCUCACUGGGCAAAGGAGUGGGAGGGACUUACCGUCAACGGCAGGCCUUGGCUCGAGAAGAUGAAGAAUGAAGACUACAAGUCUGAGAUUCAAGAGUUCCUUGGUAUUAUGGCCGAUAUUGGCGAGGAGGCAGGGUGGACCCUGGACGAUUUGAAGACCCGGUUUUCGAACAACUUAUUUGACCAUCUCUUGUUCAGCAAUCUCCCUCGGAAGAAGGCAAGCGUCACCAAUGUGCUGCAAAGUCGAAGCGUGAACAAGCUGCCGCAGGUUCGCGCAACUACAAAGAAACACAACCUUGAGUCCGCUGAAAAGUUGGUUUCCUUGUAG